UUUUCCAGAAGCAUAGAGAUGGGAGGGACGGCAGAGAAAAUGGAAGCUUUGACCGCCUCUCAUUCGCGAGACUUCGAGAUCUACUAAUCGCAACUCUCUCUCUCUCUCUCUCUGUAUCUAUCUCUGUCUCUUCUCUUGGCAACCUUUGAUUCUUAUAGAUCGUUCCGAUUCAUCUGGGUAGUCUGCUCAGACCAGCCGCAGAGGCAAGAAAAAAAACAAAACAAAACCAAAAGCAAAUUACACAUAGUGGAUUACAAGAAGGGGGCUUGGUCACUUUGGUGUGAGUUUCAGUUAAGGCUGUGGGUGAAGAAGAAGAGAAUACUUUGUUCUGUUGGGCAUUGGAUAUAUGGCAGAGGUCCAGGAUGAGCUCGAGAUCAAAUUUCGAUUAACUGAUGGUUCAGACAUUGGUCCUAAGACGUUUCCAGCUGCUACAACUGUUGCUACCUUGAAGGAAACUAUAAUUGCACAGUGGCCGAGAGAAAAGGAGAAUGGACCAAAGACGGUGAAAGAUGUGAAGUUGAUAAGCGCAGGGAAGAUUCUGGAGAACAACAAGACAAUUGGAGAUUGCCGGAACCCUCUAUGUGAUAUUCCCGGCAGUGUUACCACCAUGCACGUUAUCAUCAUCCAACCUCCUCCCCCUUCUGAGAAAGAAAAGAAGAAGAAGAUGGUGAAAACUGAACCAAAACAGAACAGAUGUGUCUGCACCAUCUUGUGAGACAGUGGCAUCUCAUUUCCAGAGACAUGAUCUGUAAAAGUCUCGGGAGGUUUGGUGGUCCUGAAGUGUGGUAUACAUGUUUACGGACACAUAUAUACAGUUUGGAUACUGAAACGCCUCAUAGUAUACAUCUUUUUCCUUUUUGUUUGAGUUGUACCUGUCUCCGAAUGCGAUACAAAUAUCACAUGUCAUCAUUUUCCAUCUGUUGUUUUGGUGUUCCGAAUCCGGAGAUGUAUUGGAAAGAGAGGGAGUACACAAAACAAAUGAAAGAAGCUUAAACAAUGGAGACUGUAUAUGAAUCAAUCCCCUCUGUUCUUUUGACUGCA